AUGGUUAUCUCGUCGGCGCUGCUUAGACUGAGCGUUCCGAGCCUUUUGAGCCUUUUACCAUGGCCGUCACACGCUUUGGUUAGCAUCGGUGGCGCUGGAGCAUCUCGGAUCUUCGUGGGAAGCGAAAGCGAUGCUGCCGAGCUGCGAGAUGCCAAUAUCGGAGCUGUGGUGGAAAUCGCUGGAAGCAAGCCUUUGAUGAUCAUCGACAGGCCUGAUGGCUUGCGAGGUGCCCGCGUUUCUGCGCAGCAUUGGGACACCUCGCUUCAGGAGGCUUUGGGCUUCGUUCGAAAAGAGAUGGCGCACGGCACUAGCGUGCUGCUGAGUUGGACGGAGUUGCAUUGUGAGAGUGGCGCUGCCGGAGCUGCGAUCGCCAUCGCAGCGGUCAUGGCUGAAGAUGAAGUGAAGUUUGAUGAAGCGGUGAAGCGAGUGGGAGGUUUGCAUCAUUGCACUGCCCAGCUACAGACGAGUGACAUCCUCCAACGACUAUCGAAGAUAGUGCACAAGGCAGGGUACACGCCCUGGGCCUGGGCUGCGCUCUUCGACGCCGCUGCAACAGCUCAGCGCAUGGAGGACAUGGCUGAAGGGAAAGUGGACCUGGAGCCUCAGAGCUUUGAAGGUGAAUCGCCUGAGGAGGAGGUGCCAAUUCCAGUUCGCCAGAUCCUUUGCCCGGAUUUCCUGCUGUGGCCUCCGGCCACGGCACGGUCCUGGGAUGAUGAAGUCAAUCUGAUCCUCGGGCCCUCCUUGCAGGUUGAAGUGCGCAUGCCGGCCGACAUCCCCUCCGCCUCCAUCCUCUCAGAGCAGCUCAGAUACUGUUUGCAGGCACUGGCAGGGGACUUGCCCGUGCUGGUGCCAGUACUGCGGGCGCCCUGCGAUUCCAUGGAGGUGUCGGAGGAUGCCACACAGUCUGACGUGGACCUGUGGCUGGACCCUUCACUGGACGGCUUCCAAGUGAAGUUGACCAAUUCCAAGGGUCCGGGAAGAGUUGAGCUGGUUGGUGGCAACAUCUGGGCCUUGGGCGCGGGGGUAGAGGCGCUGCGCCAGCUGGCGCUGCACCGCCGGGCGAGCUCCUCGCUGAGCGCGCGGCUCCCCGCGCUGUGCCUCCGGGGGCCGGAGCCACGCAGUGCUGUCUUCAUUGACCUCUGGAAGCUGCCAUUGGAGGAACAAUCGCAAGUGCUGCGGCAGUUGGCAAGAUGGCAGAUCAGGCGCUUUUGGGUGCCGCUGCCGGCCAACUACAGUAGCCUCUGGUUUCGCGACGUGUUCGAAGCACGGAGGACUUGCAGCGCCAUCGGGGCAGAGAUUACGCCCGUCCUCACCCACGACGGUCUGGAUCAUGGCCUAGUGCCUGCGCUGGCCCAGUUCCAGGGCUGCUGCACUGUGGGGCUGCGGCUCUCCAGGACGGAGGAGCUGGGGAAGGUGUGGCCCGCCAUGAGGAGCGCCGGACUGUCUUCAGCACGGCUCGUGGCCAUUCUGAGCCAGGACCUUCGCAGCCAGGUCUUGCACGUCGAGUGCUUCUGCGAGCAACUGAACUCUGGUCGCUAUGGGCCGGCAGCAAGGACUGGACUCUUACUGGAGAGCGACAUUGACAACCCUGAGGUGGAGACAGAGGUUGUGCAACUGGGUGCAGCGUACGGGCUCUCCGUGGGCAUUCUUAUGCGCUCCAGCAGCAUGCUGCCCCUGCACAUUUGGCAUCCACAGAGUGGGAGGGCAUCGGUGCGUGCUACCAAGAUGUGGCACAAGGUCGAGACCCUCUCGCAGGUUCACGGUUUUGGGGAUGCUGUGGUAGAGGUUCCUGUGUUUGGUGCUCCCUGGGCUGGCAGCGGGACGGCUUGGCGCCCAUCCUGGUGCCUGCUGAGCGGCUUCCUCGCUGCAGGCCUCUCCGCUCCAGCCCCCGGCGCACGGCUGCUGCAGCUGCUCGCAGCGCAGAUCUUCGGUGACGCCUCCACAGAGCUGGCAAGGGAGCUUUGGGAUGCACCCGCGCCCGCGGAGCACGCCGACUUUGCCAGGAGCUUGCUGGCUUUGUUGACAGGGGAGCUGUCCCAGGUGGAGACGAAGGCGGCCAACGCCUGGUAUGCCCAUUUGUCCGAGCGGCGGCAAAACUUGCGGAGGUUUGAGGCAACCGCAAAGCUUCCAGAUGUGCCUGCGGCUGCCAUCCUCGCAUCAGCGCUGGUCGGCAUUGAGUGGCUGCGAUAUGCCUGCCGCGUGCUCCUGCUAGUGGCAAAGCAUUCGGCCUUGUCGAGCCUGAGCUCGUUGCAGGCACUGCCACCUGCAAAGGGCAGCGAUGUGCGGAACGGCUUCCUGGCUUUGCUGCAUCGCACCGUUCACGGCAUUGUCGACCUGCCGGAGGGCUGGUGGGAGGAGACCGAAGACAGCGAUAAGGCGACCGAAGGCCACCUGGCACUGUGGUCCGGUGGGUUGCGACUGGGUGCAGCUUUGGACCUGCAGCCCUGGCGUUCGUUAAAAGAGUCGCUGUUUCUGGUCUUUCCAGAGUGGCUUCCAGUGGCUUGUCGCUUGCAGUGGUUUCCAGUGUGCUUGCAGUGUGCUUGCCAUGAGACGGCUCAAAGAGAUCGAUAG